AUGGCGGUGAUUAAUCAACCAAAUAGUCAGAUCAGACUUACAAAUGUUUCCUUAGUCCGAAUGAAAAAGGGAAAGAAAAGAUUUGAGAUUGCAUGUUAUCAAAAUAAAGUUCAAGAUUGGAGACUGAAAGUGGAAAAGGAUAUUGACGAAGUGUUACAAAUCCCACAAGUUUUCAUAAAUGUUUCCAAAGGUCAAGUUGCUAAUAAUGACGAUUUACAAAAAUGUUUUGGCACCACUAAUCAAGAUGAAAUUAUAGCUGAAAUCUUAAACAAAGGAGAAAUUCAGUUGAAUGAAAAGGAAAGAAAUGCAAAUUUACAACAAAAGCAAAAUGAAUUCUUAAAUAUAAUUUCCACUAAAUGUAUAAAUCCAAGAUCUAAAAAGAGAUAUCCUCCAAGCAUGAUUGAAAAGGUAUUGAAUGAAGUCAAAUUUCAUUUGAAUCCUACUAAACCAACCAAAAUUCAAGCAUUGGAUGCCAUCAAAUUAUUAGUUGAAAAACAAAUCAUACCUAUUGCCAGAGCUCAAAUGAAAGUGAGAAUUACGUUAUCUAAAAAAGCAUACUUAAAGACUUUUCAAGAUGAAAUAAAACCUGUUAUUGAUCAAAUUGUGGAGGAAGAUAACAAUGGGAAACAAUAUGAGAUUGUUGGUAUUAUAGAUCCUAUAAAUUAUAGAGUCUUGGUCACAUUAAUUGAAAAUACAGAUGGAAGCAACAAAGUCGCUAAAGGAGAAGGGUCUAUAGAAGUAUUAGAUAUGUCUGCCAUAAAGGAAUAA